GAUUUCUUUGAACAUUGGUCCCUAAACUCCCCCAGCAAGUAAAUUUUUCUCAAGUUAACCUAAAAUAUACAAAAGGUCAAACACUACAGAGUAUGAGUAAAACCGACCCAUCAUACUGCUUCUUGGUUGAAUGGUUUGAUGCGAUAUCAUCUUUGAUCAAAAGAUUUCAACUGAUAUAUCAUACGAAGAGUUCUUCCGUGGAAAUGCAUGAAGAGAAAACUAAUAGGCUUUUUCUUAAACCCACUAGGAUUGAAGGGCUGAAACUUUUUGACUUUUAUCUGGGCAGUACAGUCACUAUACUUUCUCGCUCUCUUAAGAUUAUUGAUUAUGGAGAUGAGUUCACCAAACGUGAAUUUUUAGGUCGUUCAGAAAGAUGUGUUGUUUUUAUCCCUUCGGCCUCUGUUUUCAGGGCUGGUGAAAUAAUCGCAAUGAUGGAAGACAAAUCACUGCGAAUCAUUAAUCUGAAAAUGGUGCGUUUAAUAUCGGAUGAAUUAAAAUCCAUUUUAGAUAGCAAAACGAGCCUUUCAAACAUGACUACACUAUUAAGCGAACUGACUGGAAAGAAUCUUAUCGCCUUGGAAGUAAUGGGUACAAAUGUUUGCUCACUCCUACAUGAAUUUAUUUAUGGAUCAAAAGAAACUAGCGAAAACAUUUUAUGCAAUCCUGAUUUAUUCAUGAUCACAUCAAAUGUCGGUGACUCAUUAAAACUAGCCCAUAAAAUAUUUGGAAAUCCUGGUGGACCAAAUUUCCAUGGAGCAGCAUUACUAAAGAACACAACAUUGUGCGUUAUACGACCACACGCAGUAUCUGACGGUCUUACUGGGAAAAUUUGGAGUUCAAUUACAGAAAAAGGAUUUAGUGUGACUGCAGCUAGUUUGCAUCGUUUAUCAAAAGCAGAUUCAGCUGAUUUUUUAGAGGUCUAUAAAGGUGUAGUACAAGAAUAUCCAGAAAUGUUGGAUCAUCUGUCUUCAGGGCCCUGUAUAGCAUUGGAAAUUGAUAUUCCGGACCCCAAUGUAGAUGUCCAUCAAGCUUUCCGCGAGUUUGCUGGACCAGUAGACCCAGAAAUUGCAAAGUACUUACGACCGGAUACACUAAGAGCUAGAUUUGGAGUUAAUAAAGUCAAGAAUGCUAUUCAUUGUACUGACUUACCUGAGGAUACUGAACGUGAAUUUUUUAGAAGUCUUCGUGGUAUAUGUUGACUGGAAGAAAUGUUUUAACCAUUUUCCUCGCUUCUGGAGACACUAUCGGGAGAUCCAAACAAUACAAUAUGAUCAUUCAAUCAAUCAUAAAAAGCUUAGAACUUGGCAUAUCUUAGCUCAAAUUACCAUACUUUAUAAGUGCAUUCACAACGAAAUGACAGGAUGAAAAGCAAUAAGGACAAAAUAAUGAGUAAUGUUAUGAAAAAGAUACUAUAAACUAAGCUCAGGUAAUAUAGUUUAAAAAUAGUUUGUUGCAAUAUUUUGCAAUUUGUGCUGAAAUUCCGCCAGUAUAUAGAAUUCAAUUAGAAUUUCAUGAAUAAUGGAAAUAGACAAAUUGUUCAAAAUAAAUCAAGUUUCAAAGAGGAGCAUGCAAAAGAAGAAGGUAAAAUGGAAUAAGAAUUAUCAAAAGUAGAAGAAUCAUUUAAAAUACCAAAUUAGCAGUAUAAACGGGAAAGAUAUAUAUAUAUAUAGGGUCUAUCGCAAUGGAUAGUUUUUAAGAAUGAUUAAGUAUGCCUCAAUCUACCUUUCACCAAUACAUAAAACGCGAGAAAACAUUGAAUAAAAUUAGCAGAUCAUUUGAAAUUACAGUGGGAAAUUGAUUUUAAUGUUUUCUGGUCAAAUGAUCCAUAUUUCGUGAUCAACCAAUGUCAAUAUUAUGUAGUCUGGAUACCUACAUAUACAAUUACAUUUCUAUAAAUCUGUGAUUUUAUCAAACUAAAUUCUAUAAUAUUUUCUGAAUUUCUUGCAGGUUAACUACUUUUUCAAUAAUCUGGAUAAGUAAAAGAAUGUUGAAUAUUUUUAAAAAAAGUGCAUAACACUGUAGAAUUUGUGUGAAUCCCAUAAUAUUGAAGUAAUCAUCUUCUUUUGUACAUUUUUUUGUGUCGAUCAAAACAUGGACAUCACAUUUCAGAUAAUGAUCAAUUCCAAAGUAAUAAAUAAUAUUGUUUUC